CUGUUCGCAGCCCCACGCCCCAGCCAGCUAGCGUCCCCCGCGCCUCUUGACCCAGUAGAUCUCACCAAAAUGCCAUCUCAGAUGGAGCACGCCUUGGAAACCAUGAUGUUCACCUUUCACAAAUUUGCUGGGGAUAAAGGCUACUUAACGAAGGAGGACCUCAGAGUGCUGAAGGAGAAGGAGUUCCCAGGAUUUUUGGAAAAUCAAAAAGACCCUCUGGCCUUAGACAAAAUAAUGAAGGACCUGGACCAGUGCCGAGAUGGCAAAGUGGGCUUCCAGAGCUUCUUUUCCCUAAUUGCGGGCCUCACCAUUGCGUGCAAUGACUAUUUUGUAGUACACGUGAAGCAGAAGGGAAAGAAGUAG